AUUAUUUAAAAUGAAUUUUAAUUAUUAUUCUGUACAAUAAAUUGAAGAAUUUUUAAAUUAUUUGUAUUAUAAUGUUGCAGUUUAGUUUAUUGAUUUUAAAAUUAAGUAAUAAUGUGUAAAAAAUGAAGUUUUUACAUAGAAACGGACUGCUAAAGUCUGUAAAUUAUUUUAGUUCACGUUUCUACUCAAUUUCAAUAGAUAUUCAAGGUCAGUUUAAAACAGGUUGCGGGAAAACAACAUAUAACCGUGUUUAUUUGGAUAAUCAAGCUACAACAUGCGUUGACCCUAGAGUUUUGGAUGCUAUGAUGCCUUAUUUAACCCAUGCUUUCGGAAACCCUCACUCAAGAACACAUUCAUAUGGCUGGGAGGCAGAAAAGGCAGUUGAAACAGCGCGUGCAGAUAUAGCAAACCUAAUAAACUGUGAAAGUAAGAAUGUGAUAUUCACAUCAGGAGCUACGGAAAGUAACAAUUUGGCAAUUAAGGGUUCUAAGUCGUUUUAUGGUAGGCUAGUUGAAUCUCCGGGUAAAUCGAAGAAGAACCAUGUGAUCACUACUCAGAUUGAACAUAAAUGUGUUUUACAGUGCUGUCGUCAAUUGGAAAACGAGGGUUAUUCAGUAACAUAUCUAAAGCCUGAUAAGUACGGAAUGAUACUUCCAGAGGAGGUGAGAAAGAAUAUAAGACCAGAGACGUUUUUGUGUAGCGUAAUUCAUGUAAAUAACGAGAUAGGAGUAAUCCAGGACAUCGCCGAAAUUGGAAAAGUUUGCAAAGAGCACAAGGUGAUUUUUCACACGGAUGCAGCUCAGAGUUUUGGAAAGUUACCAAUUGACCUUAAGAAUUUGGAGGUUGAUUUACUCUCAAUUUCAGGACAUAAAAUCUAUGGACCAAAGGGGGUAGGAGCCUUGUUUGUUAGGACUAAGCCUAGGAUCAGGCUUCAGCCAAUUAUAGAUGGUGGUGGCCAGGAAAGAGGACUUAGAUCAGGAACGCUGCCAACAGCUUUAGUUGUAGGACUUGGAACAGCAGCUAAAAUAGCCAAAAUGGAGAUGGAAAGGGAUCAUCGUCAUAUGGAAAAUCUGUUCUUCAAGUUGUAUAAUGGACUUAGUUCUAUAGAUCAUGUGUCAGUGAAUGGAUCUAUUAAACCAGGUCAACGGUAUUUUGGAAACUUAAAUAUGUCCUUUGAAUUCAUUGAAGGUGAAUCGCUCCUAAUGUCACUCUCCAAUUUCGCCCUUAGCUCAGGAUCUGCCUGUACUUCAGCUAGUCUUGAGCCAAGUUAUGUAUUGAGGAGUUUGGAUGUUAGCGAAGAAUUAGCCCACACUUCAAUAAGAUUCGGAAUGGGUAGAUUCACCAUAGAAUCUGAAGUUGACAUGGCACUAGACUCAAUCACAAAAGUAGUUGAAAAACUUAGAAACCUGAGCCCAUUGUAUGAAAUGUACCUUGAAAAACAAGAUCCCAAAUCCAUGGUUUGGACAUGAGAAAUUUUUUCAUACGAAUGUUAUUAAUUUCAUAAUUUAAAUCUACAAAUUUUAAUUUUAUUGUAAUAA